AUGAGGAACUCCAGUAGUACUUUGGAGUCCCUACCUACAAUGUUCAUUCUGGUUGGCAUCCCGGGACUGGAGGCAGAGCGCAUCUGGAUAUCCAUCCCCUUCUGCUUGAUGUACAUGAUCAUCUUCCUUGGAAAUGGCACGAUUCUUCAUGUCAUCAGGAUAGACACUGCCCUACACCAGCCCAUGUACCUUUUCCUUGCCAUGCUGGCACUGGCUGAAGUCGGUGUCUCUGCAUCCACUCUGCCUACAGUGCUAGGUGUUUUCCUUUUUGGUAUCACCGAGAUUAGUUUCAAUGCAUGCCUUCUCCAGAUGUUCUCUAUCCAUUCUUUCUCCAUUAUGGAGUCCGCUGUGUUGCUCUCCAUGUCUGUUGACCGAUUUGUGGCCAUCUACAACCCACUGCGCUAUACAGCCAUCCUAACUGUGCCCCGCAUUUUUGGCAUGGCAGCUAGUAUUGGGUUGAAAAGCAUUGUGCUCAUGGCCCCACUGACCAUUCUCCUAAGGCAUCUGACCUUCUGUGGUCAUAAUAUCCUCUCCCAUUCCUAUUGUCUUCACCCCAACCUUAUCCAUCUACCUUGUGGGGACACUACUAUCAACAAUAUAUAUGGGCUUUUCAUCGUUACUUCCACCUUUGGGCUUGAUUCACUCCUUAUUGUGGUCUCCUAUGGGUUCAUACUCCACACUGUACUAAGCAUUGCCACUGGGGAGGGGCGGAGGAAAGCACUCAGCACAUGUAGCUCACAUGUCUGUGCUGUAUUCUCUUACUAUGUGCCUAUGAUUGGGUUGUCCAUGGUGCACCGCCUUGGAUAUCAUGUGUCCCCUUUGCUCCAUGCUAUGAUGGCCAAUGCUUACCUCUUCUUACCACCUGUUGUCAAUCCCAUUGUCUACAGCAUUAAGACCAAGGAAAUCCGUCGUGGCAUUUCCUGGAUAUUAUCAGAGAAGAAAGCCAGAGUUUAG